AUGAAUGCGUGGGUGUGGAGGGACACUCGCUCCGGCACCUUUCGUUCUGCGGACUUCCGGAGAAAUGGUGGCUUGGGAGGAAGGGAGAACGAGAAAAAUUUGAAGAUUGGCAUGCAGAAACCUCGAGCGGCCGUCCGCGGCAAGAACUCGAGGGAGGAGGUAUCAAUCAUACGAACGCAUGCGCAUAUGUAUGUGUGGGGUCUUGUCAGGGCCAACGUGCCCCCCUCGCGAAUACACGAAUGUGUUUCAGAAUUUUCGGGGCAUGGGGAAGGAAAGGCUAUGAUUUGGAAAAUUGUUGCCAUUCUGAAACGGAUGAAACGAGGGAUGAUUGCGAUCGAGUGGGCGAUUUGA